UGACCCCGCACCGCGCUGCCCGCGCUCCUCUGCCGCCCUCGCCGCAGCCCCGGCCCUGCCCGCCCGCCCGCGCUCGGCCCCGCCAUGCCCAACAUCGUGCUCUUCAGCGGCAGCUCCCACCACGACCUGUCCCAGCGGGUGGCGGACCGGCUCGGGCUGGAGCUGGGCAAGGUGGUCACCAAGAAGUUCAGCAACCAGGAGACCAGUGUAGAGAUUGGUGAAAGUGUGAGAGGGGAAGAUGUGUAUAUUAUCCAGAGUGGCUGUGGAGAAAUAAAUGACAACUUAAUGGAACUACUCAUCAUGAUCAAUGCUUGCAAGAUUGCAUCAUCCUCCAGAGUGACUGCUGUAAUUCCAUGUUUUCCAUAUGCCAGGCAAGAUAAGAAAGACAAGAAGGGGUCCGUGGAGCGUUGGAGCCGUGCACCAAUCUCUGCAAAACUUGUUGCCAACAUGCUGUCAGUUGCAGGGGCUGACCACAUCAUCACCAUGGACUUGCAUGCUUCUCAGAUCCAGGGUUUCUUUGACAUUCCAGUAGAUAACCUGUAUGCAGAACCAGCAGUCCUGCAGUGGAUUAAAGAGAACAUUCCUGAGUGGAGAAACUGUAUCAUUGUCUCACCUGAUGCAGGUGGUGCAAAAAGGGUCACUUCAAUAGCUGACAGACUGAAUGUGGAAUUUGCUCUCAUUCAUAAGGAAAGAAAGAAGGCAAAUGAAGUGGACAGAAUGGUCUUGGUUGGUGAUGUGAAAGACAGAGUAGCAAUUCUUGUCGAUGAUAUGGCUGACACGUGUGGCACAAUAUGUCAUGCAGCAGACAAGUUAAUGUCUGCUGGAGCUACUAAAGUUUAUGCCAUUCUGACUCAUGGCAUCUUUUCUGGUCCUGCCCUCUCUCGGAUUAAUAAUGGAUCGUUUGAGGCUGUUGUGGUAACUAACACAAUCCCUCAAGAGGAGAAAAUGAAACAUUGCCCAAAAAUACAGUUUAUUGACAUUUCCAUGAUCCUGGCAGAGGCAAUCCGAAGGACACACAAUGGUGAAUCUGUGUCUUACCUGUUCAGUCACGUCCCCUUGUAACUGCAGGGGAUUACACUGCAUCUUUGCAAAGGUCUCUUAAGCACUGUUUUUAACGAUGCACAUCAACCAUGAGAAAUUAGUAUCUUUGUACAAUUCGAGAGCUUGUAUGUUUAAUUAUUAUAUUCGUCUUGUAAUUACCAUUUGUAAAUGGGCAAUAAAUCUCCGUCUUGCAGAAACCUUACGAAUUCUCUCGAGAGUCUGGAAGUCUUAUGUGUUGUGUGAACUCUUCUGUGUGCCUGCUCUCUCACGCUCAGCUAACUGCUGCGUCAGAUCCAUUUUUCUACAGAACUGCCACCUGUUCACAGAACUAAACAGGAAUGUAUACGUGUAAGAACAUUCUCCAUGUGAAGCUAAAUGCUCCAGACCUGAGUUUCUUGUAUCUAUUAAUCUGUUGGGCAAACAGCUGGGGUUUUUUUGUUUAUGUUUAAGUACCAUGAACAGUAUUUUGUAAGCCCUAACAAUAUGUAAAGGUCAUGUUAAUUUUGAGGAACUGUUGAUGUAUACAUACAUACAUAUAUAUACCUAAGUUUGAUACACUUAAUGUUCACUUUUUUCCAGAAGAAAUUUGGGGCUGCUGUUUUCUUCUGUAAAGCUCUCACCACAUUAAAUUUGUUUGCUUAAUAUCUAUUCUGUAAAGUUGCUAUCUUCAAUUGUAAGAUUGAUGUUUCAGUAUUCCCAGUGUUAUUAAUAUCACUUGUCUAAAUAAUAACCAAGCUUUAAACGUGAGAAGUUUGGUGUAAAUUUCUUCUUUUUUUCUCUGUAGUUUUUGACAUUCCCUGAUUGUGAUGAUAGGAAUAAUUUUUUAAAAGCUUUCCUGUUAAUAUUGUAAAGGUUUAUUGUGCCAAGUCCAAACAGAAAAUUAAACACACU